CGUUAUUGGGAACAUGCAACUGACGAAUUUAAAGAUCAAGAAGGCUCUUUGCUUCCUCUGUGGAAGUUUUCUCAUUGGAAGACAAGAAAAAUGACUGUAACUGCUCUUAGUUGGAACUCAAAAUAUUCAGAUUUAAUUGAAGUAGGCUAUGGAACAUAUGAUAUAUACAAUCAAGGAGAGGGACUAAUUCUUUUAUUCUCAUUAAAAAAUCCUUCAUACCCAGAAAAUAUUAUUGAAACAACUUGUGGAGUUUUCUGCUUGCAAUCAUCUCCAACUAGACCAUAUAUAAUAGCUGUCGGAUUUUUUGACGGAAGUAUAAAAGUCUAUGAUGUUCGAACUAAAAAUAACACUCCAAAAUAUUCCAGUGAAAUUUCCAAUAAACACAUUGAAUCAAUAUGGAAAAUUCAAUGGCUUGACGAGGAUUCAAACGGGUAUAUGAACUUUGCUUCUAUUGGUGCUGAAGGCAAAGUUAUUUUGUGGACUCUGGUAAAGAAUGAACUUCGUCCCAGUGUUUUACUUACAAUCUCAAGAAACGAAUAUCAAAAAAACUCGUUUGACAAUUUAAACUAUGGUGAAAUAAAUGCAACAUAUUUAAGACACUCUAACUUACUUGGAAUUUAGUCCACAUUAUUCUGAUGUUUAUUUGUUAGCAAAUGAGUACGGGGGAGUAUACAAGUGUUCAAAAUACUUUACAGAUGAAUAUAUUUCAUUUUUUAAUGCACAUCAAAUGGCGAUUUAUUCUUUAGCUUGGAACUAUUUUCAUCCAAGAAUUUUUGUUACUUGUAGUGCUGAUUGGUCAGUAAAAAUUUGGGACUAUGAAAAAAA